AUGGUGAGUUGUUGUACAAGUACAUAAUUUUUUUAUAAGAUACAUAAACUUAACAUCGACGCAACUAGGUGGUGACUAAAGGGUGCUUAAAUAUCCUCAAUAUUUUUUAGCCUCUCUCCAUAAACUUAUGCACUUAUAUUACACUUAUAAUGCAGUAGUGCAACCAUACUGUUAUAUUAAUUUUUUCACUGUUAUUGAAUAUUGAAAAGGAUUAGACAAAUCAAUUAAAAAUUGAAAACGUAAAUAUAGCUUAACUAUAAUAUAUUAUAGUUAUACGACUGACUACACUUUUACCUUAAACAAAUAAAUUGUAUUAAUAAGUGACCGAUAGGUUUAUAGUUGUGUUGAUUACAAAUUAGUUUGUUCAGCCAUAUAAUUUUGUUAGUUAAACAUUUUUUCCGUGAUGAAGACAGAAUAAUAUUGUUUUAAUACAGAUAAUGUAUAAUAUAAUAUAAUUAAUUAGUUAAAGUAAUUUAAAUUCAAUAAAAAAAGCUUAUUAUUAUUAAAAAUAUCGGGAAUAAAUAGUAAUUUAUAUUUAAAUUUUGUAUAAUAUUGUAGCACCCCAAAAUUGAAGGUCUAGUUGCGCCUACGAAACCUACUUACUGUAAUCGUAUUAUUAUACCUAAGUAUAGUUUUCAAAAAUCACCACAGAAUGUCUUAAAAAUCGAUUAAAUAUAUUUUGUAUUUGUAUUAAAUAUUUGCCCCGUGUGUCUUGAAAUUAUAAUCUCAUAAAUAUUUCAAUAUUUUAUUAAUUUUUAAGCAGGGUUGCGCCGUUAUUUUUAUGUCCUUUUUCCGCUAUUUUUCUUCUGAAUGUCAUUACUUUCUUUUCUUUUUUUUUGCACGAUUGGCGAUAGUAAUUUAGGAAAUAAAUAAAUUACAUAUAGUCCGUAAAUUGAGUGGCACAGAUAAAUAAUAUUUUGUCUAAAAACUAUACAACUUUCAUAUACAGUUUGUGUUUAUAUAAUUGUUGGACAAUUAUUUUGUGUUUGCUGAAGUAAGCAGAUCGUCUAUUCAUUUCUCGGUAUCCAAAAAAAAAAACAAAAAAAUCAUAAAAUAUCCCCAAAAACCGAAUAAGUUGCAAAAAAUAUGUACAAAUAUUUCUUAUUUUUAUACUUGUUGUAAAAGUAGGUUUUACACGCCCAUUUUUAAUUUUUUUUAUAAAUUCGGUUUUAUUUGUAUCCAUUUGUAUUUUCUAAUAAGUUAUAAAAUGUUAAUUUAGAUUAAAAAUCUUUGAAGUUAAAGUCUAUUACCAAAUAUAUAUAUUAUAUAAAAAAAAAUAUGUAAGUUAUUAUAGUUUUUCUUCUCAAAGCGGAUUUUUCUUGUUUCUAUUUCUAUAGCACGUUUUCGUCAAUACGACUAGAUGUAUUAAAAUACAUGUUAGAAUAGCGUUGGGGAAAAAAAAAGAGUUGUAAAUUCAGAAAAUGUUUAAAAAACCGUCUAGUUAUAGGUAAAAUAUUAAGUCUUAUAUGUGACCGUAUCGUAAUAUGACAUAUAUUAUUAUAGGCUUAAAAAAAAUAUUUAAAAUACAAUUUAAAAAUCGAUUUGCGUAAAAUUUUCCUGUAGGUACCUAAUUAUUUUUCAUCCUACAUUAAUAUAUAUAUAUAUUUGAAUUUGAUGUAUUUUGUAUUUUUAUAGUUUCUAUAGUUUCAAUAACUUACACAUACCUAAUAAUUUUGUGUAUGAAAUUCUACGGUUUUUAAAUCAUAGACACCUGAUCCAUUUACGUAUUAUAAUUAUAACUUAGGCAAUAUUUUUGUUUUUAUUUUAGUGUAUUUAUAUCGUACUUAUACAUGUAUUAUAAACAAUUUGUGUGUUUUAAAUUGGAUUUUCAAUUUUUGUUUAGCUCCCGGGAAACUUGAAAUGCUUAUUCUAAUAUUAUACAAUAUAUUUAUAUCUGUGGUAUAAUUUUCUGUAAUUAUUUAUAGACUUCCGUAGAAAAAAAUGAAAACUUUAAUGCGUAUUUAUUAAAAAGUAAAAAAAAAAAUCCAUACACCCGUCAGUAUAAAACUAAUCCUUCAAAAUCUCAAAUAACUAAAUACACUGUAGGUACGUACGUAUACUGUGAAUUCGUACGAUGAAGCCAUUUAAUAAACAAAUAAGCAAUUCAAUUAUCGUCGUGGGUGGUUAAUGGUUAUAUCAUUUAGACUCGCGGACGGUUAGUAUUAUUAUCAUUCGUUCGUUUAUAAAAUUGAAUUAUUGAAAAUGAAAACCUAUAUUUGGUUACCUAGUUCGUUGAUGUGAUUCGUAAUACACGUCAGGCAACUACGUUUAUUUAAAUAUGUAAAUUUUUUCUUUUUGUUGAAUAUUUCUUUAAAAAAAAAGUGAUUAUAAUUAUAUGCAUUACAAUGGAGAAUUAUUUGAAAAAUAUCGAGGAAAAAAAAAUACUUAAUAAAUUAUAAUAGACAUGCCUAAUGGAUAAUAAUAUUAUACAGUGGGCACCGUUUAUAAGACUCACUUUGGAACCAGCACAAUGUAUGUCUUAUAAUCGAAUGAACCUUAUAGGCGAAGUGGGGAAAGAAACUUUAUUUGUUAAUUUUAUUUCAAAUAUAUUAUUUAUUAAAACAAUUUUUGUUUGUUAAAACUCGAAUGACGACUCAUUGUACAACAACUACGACCAUAUAAAUUACAAAAAUGUGAAAUGCAAUGAAUGAACCAAUUAAUUCGAAAGUGAAAUAACCUUACACUACAAUAAUGAUAAUUAUGAUGAAUGUUAAGUACAAUAAAAUAUGAAUUUAAAACACUGCAACAAAAAUUACUUUUAAAAAACCAAUUUAGUUCAAGAUUUCACGAAAAUUGUACAUUUUCUACAAUUUUUUUUUUUUACAAAGUUCGUGUCUUAUAACUGACUUUUUUUUAAAUGUAUUUGAAUACAUCCGGACCGUUCCAAAUAGUUUUGAGUUUUAUAAGCGCCUGAAUCUUAUAUCCAUGCAGACGUGUGUACAAGGUGGAGUUUUAGGGGUUCAAUAGAGAUUAGAACUUCUUCCUCCGAAAUUUCAUGAAAAUUAUGAUGAAAGUAGAUUUUUAAGAGUCUCAAAAGUGGUUUCUGUCAAUGAGGAUGAUAAAUACAAUUUUGGUUUAAUUUUAAUUUUAUUACUAGAUAGUACUUGGUGUGCAUUGUUAUUAUUGCCAUUUCUAAUUUUUUUGUGGUUUUCCUGCUUUUAGAAAAUUAUAACUAAUACGGCGAUAUUGCAUAGUCCGUAUUAUCAUCACAAUAAUAUGAAUUACGUUAUCAUCGAGGCUGUAUUCAUUAAAAAAGUAUUAAAUAUAAAAUUUAGUAUAGGCACCUAAAAGACUAAACAUGAAUAUUAUAAAAUAUUGACAUUUAUAAUGAAAAAUAAAUAAUCCUACAGUUGAAAGUAUGUAAGCUUCUUUGUUAUAAGAGUAUUAAAGCGUAUAACUUUAAACCUCUCCGAAAUAUUUUUUUUUAAACGCACCUGUAUCCGUGAGUCUUAUAACUUAUAAGUGGCAUCUACUGUAUAUUGAACAUAUUAACUAACUACGUCAGUAUAGGUAAUUGUAGAUAGCGCGUGUAGCGAAGUUUAACUAGUAUGGUUUUUUUUUUCUGUUAGUAAAAAGGCUUCAAAAUCUUCGCAAACCUAUUUUUAAUGAUGCGGGUGAUUAGAUCGGUACACAAUGAUUUGAUUGUUAAAAAUAAGUAGAAAAAACCAAGUGGUACUGCACAAAAUUAUUCACGUCGAGAUAAUAUCUGUGAAUUCGUUUACAUGCAUCCAUUAAUUUAAAUCAAUACGAAUUAGGGUGUAAGUACCUUUACGAGUACAUUUUUACGACUAAAACCGUACUAGUAAAACGCGCUUUCACUAGUUUCACUAGACUAGUUUAUGUUACUAGUCAUCUCUAUGAUUUCAAUUGUUAUAGCAAAAUAAAGAAAGUUUUUUUAAAAAAAAUGUAUUUGUUAAUUUUUUGAGUAAAUCUUAAAGUUCGUCCUGUUUUUUUUUAUAUGAUCCGUUUGUUGAUGUUUUAAUGUUAUUGAUUAGAAAUAUAUAUUUAAUCUUUAAUAGGAGUAUCUUUACAAAAUCGAUAUAAUUGAUCAUUAUUAGUUGCAUUUUAGUGAAUUGUAUAACUACUAAUCAUUACCCACUGGACUUUCAUGUAACAUAGAUUCACUCUUGAAAUGUAUAUAAUUUUUGUAUACAUUAAUUCAAAAUAUAGGUUGUACAUAGGUUGUAUAUAGGUAGUGUUGUUAAUUUUAGCCAAAACAAUAAAAUCCAUAAGAAAAAUACUGUAAUAACUGCAUAAUAUAUUUUUGGAAGCUACAAAAAUAGGCUACGUUAUACAAAUUUUUUCGCUUAAGGAGAGUUCUAUGAUAUGGCAGUGAUAAGGUAAUGAUAGCGUUUCGAAACAAAUUUUUUUUGACCAUAUAAGUUAUAACUGCGAACUUACUUUUUAAAGAAAUUGUAGAUGUAGAUUUUUAAGGGAAGGACUACGGGGUUAAGCUUCUUUCUAAAUGUAAUUAUUUAAACUUAAAAAAAUAUAUAUUGCCCCCUUUUUUUUAGGACCCCUUGAGUUAAAAAUUGAAAUUGCGCCCAUGAUGGGUCAUCAUAGGUAUAUACAUCGGAGGAUCAAGUUCCCUUGGAUCUCAUUUAACCUCGCAGUAGGCACCUAUCUAAUAAAUAAUUAUGGCGAAUGAUUGAUGUAUUGUCCCAAAUGAAUUAAUUAAAUUAGUCUCAUUCAUCCUUGUCGUGCAUUGAGAUUGAAAUUAAUCGUGCGUUGUUCCUGUUUUUGUUUUUUCAUUUUUAAACGUCUCAGUUUCACAAUACCUUAAAAACAACGCUAUUAUACUAACGAGAUGACCCUUGCUUUUCGUCUUAAUUAUAUUCGUUUAGCAUCAAUUAUAAAACUGCGGCUGUACCUAUAGCAGCACUGUGAAACACAUCAGUCGACUUGAACUAUUUGUAACUUUGUCGCGGUAUAAUAUACAAAUUGCAUGUUUUCAAAUGCAUUUACAAUUUUUUUUUAAAUUUUUUUUAAAAAAAACCUCCUAUAAUAUACACUUCAAAUCUAACCGGUCAAUAACUAUACGGACCGAUGAGGUAUUUUGUUCUUAAAAUAAAAUAUAGGCGCAUUAUAAAUGUUACGCAUUUCGCGAGUAAUGGAAUCGAAUAUUUUAUCAUCGGACGUUUAAUAUUUUUUUUAAUGACUAUAAUAACCCGCAGUAAAUGUUUCUAUUUUAGAUGGCCGCGGAUUUUACGAACGCCGGGUAUGCGUUUUUGGCUAUGUGGUCGACAAUGCUGCUUUGGACAAUGUCCGGCAUUGGUGUCGAGAGUCAUGUGUCCGAUUGUCAGCCGUGCGGGUUUAAUCCUCUGUGUUCGUGUACCCAGUCGUACGAUAGUUUGGGCGAAGUUCAUUGUGCCGACGUGUACUUCCCACGCGUACCACAUGCCAUCAACCGAUCCAGGCUGUCGACCCUACAUCUCAGGAAUAACGAUUUGAACACUAUCGAGCCCUACUUUCUCGUAAACACCGGUAAGUCCACUACCUAAAUAAUAAUUUUACCCCGUCCUUAAUGUCACUUUUGACGCCACUUGAUAUGCUGGCCAGUUCCACUAAUCUUCCCCUGAAAAACUGGAAUAUUUUGACAAUGGGUAAAUAUAAAUAUAAAUUGUCAACAUCAUAACUGGUUUGAACUUAUCAGUUUUCUAUAUUCACGGAAUUUUUAACAUAGGUUGCAAUUUGAGAAUAAAAAAUAAAUCGAUAUAAUAUAUAUUAAAAAUAAGGGUGACAAAAAAUUAAGAUAAUGUAAUAUUUUAAAGCUGCUUAUUACUUACAAUUAAAAAAAAAAUCCAAAAAUAUAUUUUACAUGUAAAGUGCAACUUUUAAAUUAAAAGUAUAACGACGAAAUUAUUAUAGUUUUACAUAAUAUUACUUUAAUGUGUUUUUUUUUUAAAUAAAUUUUAUUUGAAACAAUUUAUUGAUAUUUUAAAUAAUUUAUCUUUUAGGUUCUUUUAUUGGUUUUAUUUUUUUUAUUUCUGGGUUACCUUGUUAAAAAGAGAAAAAAAAUGCCUAAUUCUACUCCAUUCAGAAUUAUUUUUUGUUUGUAAUGAUUACCAAAAAUCAUAUUCGAGAAAUAAUAUACAGGAUUUUAAGAAUUUUAUGUUGCAGUAAAAUUGUCCAUGAAUAAAUUACUUAUGUAAAAAAUGCUAGGAAUUACUUAUUCUAAAAUGUUACAUUGUCCUUAUUUUAGAUUCUGAGUGGAGCGAAGAAGCUUAUGGUUUUAUAAAUAUGUUUAUUUAAUUUUUUUUUUGUGGACAACUUUUCUACCAAAAGACUUGCUUCGAUUUUUACGUGUAGCAACUUUUCUAAAAGGAAAUCAGUGUAGGUAGGUACCUUAAAGAGAUUAUUUUGAAAUUGCUCAAGCGUUUUCUCGUCAAAUGCGAAAAACCGAAAAAAAAAAAACCAGGAAAAUACGAAAUAUAUUUGUAUAAUAUUGCAUUUUUUAUUACUGUGGACAAAUUUUCUAUCAGUUUCGCUUCAACUUUUAAUGAUAGCAAUUUUUCUAAAAGGAAAUUUCACUGGGAAGUUACUUUAGAGAGGUCAAUUUUUCGAUUUUCUCCUGAGUUUUCGCAGCAAGUGUGAAAAACUGGGAAAAAACAUGAGAAAACCGGAAAAAACGUAGGAAAACUGGGAAAACUGGUACAACAUUAAACAAAUAUUAUUAAAGGAAAUAUAUGGAGCCCAUUUAAUUAUUUCACUAUUUUAUGGCAUAUAUAUUGUUGACAAAGUAUCACUAUCAAUUGAAUUUCACUUAGAAUCGUACUUUUGUUAGUAAUGGUUUAUCGUUGCUUACAGAUAUACAUUAAAUUAUCGUCUGUAUCCUACCUUUCCAACUUCCCACCUACACUAGCGGCUACACCCGUUCCCAUUAUCUUACCUUUCUUUUUGGGAUGAAUCUACUAUUUAUUUCUGAUUAUCAAAUAGCAUAACUAUAUCAAACAUUUUCUUUAUACAAAUAACAUAAAAAACAGUUUCUCUGACAUGUACAGUUUACACGUAUAUACGAUAUAUUACAUUUUUAAAACGUUUUUAAUCGGAACAUUUUUUAAUAUUUUAGGCCUUUAUAGAAUGACAAUUCAAGAUAACCCAUUGACAUUUUUGACCGACGAUUCAUUGUAUGGAUUAGAACAUUCGUUAUGGGAAUUGGAAUUGAUCAAUACGCAUAUCACCUACGUUCCGAGUAAGGCGAUACGAGCAUUACAAAAAUUAAAAGUUCUCAACUUAUCGGGUAUGUAUAAUGAUGGACUUGAUGCUUAAAAAAUCACCUAUUUUACUCUUACGGUUACUUACUUUAGGCAACCAAAUAUCGGAAAUAAGGUGGGGCGAUUGGAAUGGACUGGAGAAUACUCUGAAAAUUUUGAAACUCGCCAACAACGCGCUAACGCAUUUAUCGCAAAGAGCUUUCUAUAAUCUGUUGUUGUUGGAGAAUCUUGACUUAUCUGGUAACAUGAUAUCGGAAAUACACCCAAAUGCUUUUGAAAAUGGCCCGUUGCAACUGAAGAAACUAAACUUGGCGGAUAAUCUGUUAAAAUUCAUUCCAUACAUACAUUUAUCGUCACCGGCUCUGAAGCAAGUAUACGAUUAUAAUAUAAUAAUAUUUCAACGUGUUUUAAUAUUAUUUGGUUUUUUUUUUGUAUUUUAUUUUUCUCGUAAGCAAUGUCAAAUAUUGUAAAUAAAAUGUUUGAAUUUUUUUAUUAAUUAUUAUAUAAGAUAUACUCGUAAUAUAUAGCUAGUGUUAUACAACGAUACAUUUUAUCUAGAAAAAGAUAAAAAAUAAUUGCUAGAAUAAUUAUCUAGACCAGUGGUCCUUAACCUUUUUUAAUUCAACGCUCCUUUAUCGAGAUAACUGACUGAUAAUGUCCCCUCACGUAAAGCUUUAGGCUUGUUAUACCCUUAUUGGUCAUUUUUUUGUUCAUUGGUCUUUAUACCGACUAUUAUAUGAAUCUUGGUGUAUCGCUAGUGUUUUUUAUUUUUUAAUUUUCCAUCAUUACGUAUUUAAAAGCUCACCCCUUCCCCCGAACGUCCCUUAAAAUCUACCGCCUAUGUUAAGAACCACUGAUCUAAACGGAGAUAAAAGAUACCUAAUAAUUUAACAAUCUAGAUAAAGAUAUAUAAACAUGAAAUAUUUUAUCUAGAUAGAAAAAUAUAUAUAAUUAUGUUCGGUAUCAAUCGUACAAUUAUUAAGUGAUAAAAGUAAGUAGUAAAAGAGUUCCAGCUUUGUUACACAUGUAAAUCUCUUAAAGACUGUGUGAUUGAUAUAACUUAAUAAUAAUAAUCUUAUUAAUAAAGUUAAAUACUGCACUUAUCAUUUCUAUUAAAUAUAUAUAUUACUGUUUACAAAUAUGCAUCUAGAUAAGUUUAUCCAGAUUAUUCAAUUAUUUAUCUCGAAUAACUUAUUUAUAAUUUAUCUAUAUUCUAGAUAAUAUAAAAUAUAUAAAUGUAAACCUAUCUAAAUGAAAAACAACACUGAAUUUAUUGUGUUGGUGGUAAAAAAUGAUUUAUAGGUUUUUGAAGAAUCUGGACGUUAGUUACAAUUUAAUCGACAGUACAAAAGGACCGUCAUUAACCACAAUAUUUCGGGGUGGCCGACGCAAGUUCACGCUGGACGAACUCCAUUUGGAGUACAAUCAUAUCAAAGUUUUGGAACCACAGAGUUUGCAGAAUUUCGAAAUUAUAAACAAAACAUACUUGGACGGCAAUCCAAUUACACACAUUCAGGUGAAUAUCGUGUUAUAUCGUUAUAUCGUGAAUAAGUGUCAUGGGUGGUUGUAGGUAAAAAUAUUCGAUGAAAAAAGUCCGGCUUCUACACUGUAGGUAUAGCUAGAUAAUUAAUAACCAAACUAAAAAGAUGGAAUCUUAGGCUUUCCAAAUUAUUUUCAUAUUUCCACCCAAAAAUUUGGCUAUCAAUUGAAAAUAUGCAGUUGGAGUUGGGGGUUGAUUAGUGCAAAAUAGGUCAAAGGAAAUAUUUUGAACCACUAAGAAAAAAAAAAAAAAAAAUAUAUAUGAAAACUUUUUUAAAUGCAUAUCCUUAAAUUUAAUUAAUAUUGUAUAGUAGAGUAGAAUAAUGCAUUUUUUUUUUAUUAUGAUUUAGUUUUUUAAUUUUAAUUAUUAUACGAUGUUUACAUUGAUUUUUGGUCAAUUUUAUCAUCGUCAUUUUUAUUACUUUUGAUACCAAAAUUAAUACGAUUAUUAUACCUAUUAAUAUUAUUAUUACGUAUUAAAAUUGUAUUUAAUUUAUUAUGUAUAUUUAUAAAUUAUAAUUUUAUAGGUACUAUAUUUUUACCUCCUAAAAUUUUUCCCUCGGACAUUUUGGUGGAAUGCACCAGUUGUCCUCAAAAAUACCUUUUUUUUUAUACCAAUUCCCCCAAAUUACCUAAGGUAAAAAACACUAGUUGCCCUCAGCAUAAUGUACCAGAUGUCCUAAACAUAUUAUUUACACAAAAAUAAUACCACACCUGGCAUAAAAUAGGGGAGGUAAAUAUGUGAUGAAAUAAUAAAUAAAAAUACGUAUGAUAAAAUUAUAAAUAUAAUAUUUUCAAUGUUAAUUGGCAUACGAUUGUAUUGUAGUUUGUCUAAAAAAAAAAAAAAAAAUGCUAUUACUUACUGCUAAUAUAUUAUUAUUACAUUUAAUCAAUUAUAAUUAUUUAUUGUAAUUUGUUAAAAAAAGUUUAUAAAUAAUUUUUAAUAAUAAUAACUUAAAUUUUUAAUAAAUUCUUGUCUAAUAAAUAUUUUUGUUUUCAUAUUUGUUUAUAAACUCUUGGUUUUUUUUCUUUCUGUUUAGAUAUGUGCGAUUGGUGACCUUUAUUUUUUCGUUAAUACUACUUAUACUAACGUGUGUACUUGUUAGGUUAGAUUAAAGUUAGAGUUAGAGGUGAGAAUUAUUACUUAUUAUUAGAGUAAAAUGUCACUAUUCGUACGGGCUAUUUUAUAUGUUGAAGGCAAAUGGUAUAUUUUUUAAUGCCACAAAUAUUCGCUGAAGGCAACUGGUAAAUAUCUCAUUUUGAUAGAACCCUGUCGUGGGUAUAUAUUAUAAUAAGUAUUUAAAUUCUGUACUAUCGUAAAGAUUACACUGAUAAUGUAAGUAGGUAGGGAAUAUUAUGAUUGUUAUAAAAUCUCAUUUCCUAUAGUAUCCGGCAAAUAAAAUAUUGACAAAACAUUCUUCCCGAUUUGUUUUAUUUCAUUUAAUUUUUUGCUUGUAUUUUUAUUCCCUUGCGUUUUUUUUCUUUUUUCUCAUAGUUUGGUAUUUACCGUAUUUUAUAUUAGCUAAAUAUUAAAUCAUCACUAUGACACCACAAUACUUAGAGUAGAUCGUAAUUUCAUUAUGUUGAGUUUCCGUAAAACAUUUUGCAACAGAAUUUCUCUGCUGUAUUUAAUACUUAUACUUAGUUAAGAAAAAAUCCUUUACGUGGAAACUUAAAAAAUGUAUAUUUAUUUUUUAUUUUCGUGAUUUUACCGCUAACCUUUUUUUAUUUUUUCAGACAUCAUAAAAUAUUUUAUAAUUCACCAAUAUUCUUAUUCUAAUUAAAAAUUAUGCAUUGUCGUUCCAUAUCUUGAUUUUCAUUCUUCUCUGUUCAAAGCCACUCUUAUAGGUUAUUAUAUUAUACCGAUGUUUUUAAAAAAUAAAUGCUAAUUUUUUUUUAAAAAAAAGAAGAAAAAUUAGAGAUAAUGUGUUAGUUUAAUACCGAAAUAAUUUUAAACAAGUUUUUAAGAAUCGUUAUUUAUUUUAAUUCAAACAAAUUUACAUUUAAGUUUUGCAAAAAAAAAAAAAAAUUAUCUGCUCAAUAAACCUAAUUUAAAAAUGUUUGAUAAAUAUUAUUAUUUUUUUAUUAGAUUAUGUUUAAAAUAACCUGUUUUCUUUGGAGAUAAUUUUAUCUUGUAUUGGCCAGUUGAAAAAACGUCAGUGUUUUAGGACGGUGCAUUUAAAAACACUAAAAUCCGAGAGUUAUACAUGGUCGACUGUGAUAUUUAUAAUGUGUCGGAUGAUGCGUUCAGAGGCUUGGAAUCGUAUCUACACGCCUUAGACGUGUCGAAUAACAAUAUAACGGAUUUUCCCGUUCGAAAGCUACAGCAGAAUUUCAACACGCUCAUGAAACUGGGAUUAAGAGACAACAAGAUUAAACAUUUAUAUCCUCUCCAAAGCGAAUUGCCGGAAAAAAGUGCAAAAUCUAACGAAAAGAAAACCACGAAAGACAAAACUGUCGAUCGAUCCGAAAAUAUAAAACGUAUUUCGCAGGAAAACGAUAAUAAUCAUCACGAAUUUCAUUCUUUGCAAGAUUUCGAUUUUUCCGGUUGGAAUAACGGACCACUUCAAAUGAAUACUAUUACCGGGUAUGGGAAAACAACGUUAAAUUAGAAGUACCUGUAUAGGCAUAGCUACAUAAACAAUGAACUUAUAUAGAAUGUUUGCGUUUCAGUUUUAAAUACGUACGUCAACUUUCGCUAUCGAAGACGACCACUCCUCAUUUAGAUCCAACAAAUUUGAAUUUUACUAUUGACAUGGAGGAACUGCGUAUUACAGGAUCUGAUUUGAAAUCGAUUAAAGCGCACGCAUUUAAGUAUGUUCACGGUUUAAAAUAUUUGGAUCUAUCGGAUAACGCGAUUAACUUACUAGACGCUGAGGCUUUUAAAGAGGUUAUAUAUUUCAAUAUAAUUUAAAUUAUUCAAUCAAAGUAAAAAUAAUUUUUUUUUAAAAAUAUAAAACUUAGAUAGGACAUACGUUAGAAUACCUAAAAAUGUCUCAUUCAUUUUCGACUACAUUCAAAUCGAUACCCGGGGACGCAUUUCGUUAUCUAUCUAAUUUGAAGUAUUUGGAAUUAAGUAAUAACCAUUUGCAGUACUUACGAGAGUCAAAUUUCCAUUAUCAAACGAAUUUGAGAACGUUGAAGCUUCAAGACUGCAUGAUAGACCAUUUGCAUAAAGGCACUUUUCAAGUAAAUAUUUGUUUACAAGUAGAUAAUAUAUAUAUAUAUAUAUAUAUAUUAUGUUGUUACGAUUAUGGUCUACAUUUUUUUUAGAGUACGAUCCAUAUCAGUUUGAAAGAAAUAUAUUUGUCGUUCAACUCGAUAAAAAAAAUUGAAGAAGAAACAUUUGAGGAUUUACAGUUAUUGGGGAAGAUUCAUUUAGAUGGUAAUCGUAUAAAUCGUAUUGAAAAACACGCUUUUAUCAAUAUGGAAAGUUUACGGUGGGUAAUAUUGCGGGGAAAUCAAAUUGAAAAGUUGGAAAUUGAAGCGUUCCAAAAUUUACCGAAAUUACAAGAGCUUGAUUUAGCUUAUAAUUAUAUUAAAAACUUGGAUUUCACAUUUUUAGAUCAAGUAGGUUAGGUAAAAAAUUAAGUGGAAAAACUUUUUUAAUCGUCUGUUAAAUUGUUUUUGUUUUUGUUUAGGUAGGAAUGCUUUCGUAUUUCCGUAUGAACGUUAGUCACAAUCUUUUAACAAAAUUAUCGUCCAAUUUGAAUUUUUCAACCAAGGAUAUUUAUUUACAAUCCAAUAUCAGAGUAAAAUACUUUGAGAUAAAUUAAUAAAACUAUCGAUUGUGCAUUGUUAUGGGUAUAAUACUUACUGUUUAUUAUUAUCGAAUUUUUUAGGUUUUUGAUAUUUCGUACAACAGCAUCAAGACCGUGGAAGACAGGUAUUUUACGCCUAUGGAGACGAGCCUAAGUUAUUUGCACAUGUCCCACAAUCAACUGUGGCAAGUGUCCAGGAACGUGUUCGGCAACUUGAUAAGCCUCGUUUGGCUGGACAUUGGCCACAAUCAAAUCACCGAAAUGGGAUUCGACGCGUUUAGGGGAUCGAGAAAACUACAGGUUUUCAUCGCAUCGCAUAAUCGCCUAAUGGACUUGCCGAGCGAUCUGUUCAAAGGGUUCACCGAACUGAGAUUGGUCGAUUUUUCGUAUAAUAAACUUCGGGUGCUGCCCGACACAUUUUUCAACGAAGACAGUCUAAGUAUGGAAGCGUUAAACAUGGCGCAUAACGAACUGUCGCGCAUGCCUGUCCUGUCGUUCGCCACACAGUCCGCUGGUGUCUUAUGCGACAUGGACGUGUCUUACAACAUCAUAACGACGUUACCCGUUUUUGAAAUGUUUUCCAGAUUCAAAGUAUAUGAAAUUGCAUAAUAUUUCAAUAACUUUUUAAUAGAGAACGUAUCGCCCGAUGAUUUUCAGUAUUUAAAAACACGGUCACUCAAAACUGAUAAAAUUACCGUUUUAAAUGGGUUGAGGGAUAAAUUAUAGUGGGUUAGAUCUGAUAUACUAAUAUUUGCUACCGAUAAUUAUAUUAUAAAAUCGAUAACCGAUCUGAUAAUAUUGAAAUUAACCGAUAUAUCGAUAUGAACACUGCUCUUUUCAUUUCCUAUUUGCCAUUAUACUGUGUAGAUAUUUUAACAAGUAUGUGUUUUAGAGCUAGAUAUAACUAUUUUAUUAUUUUUACUUUUUUGUUGACUGUUUUAUUCUGACUGACCGAAAUUGAUUUUACGUUAUCGAAAACAAAACGAGAUUUCGCUUACACAUUGCAUCUUAUCUCUAAUCAAUAUCAAUAGGUACCACGUAUAGUACCAGUCAUCCUACCUCCUCCAUUUCCACCACCACCUGAGUCCAAUUAAGCUUCUAUAUCCUCAGUCUUUCCAUUUCAUCUCUUACAUUGACCCCCAAGAAAGGAGGGUUUGUAGGCGAAGAGGAUAAAAGUAGUUGAAUGGCGGUAGUAGGAGUCAAGGAGUUAAGUUUGAUAAGAUAUUAGGUGCUUGUAUGUACGUUUUAGUAAAAUAAACACAUACAACGAUGUACCACACCGACGGUUUGGGCAUCGUUCGAUUACAAGCAAUUGGAGGGUUACUAGCACACGUACCACGAAUGAAAAUAUUGCAGAGCCCGGUUGUCGGCAAAAAGUUCGAUGAGACCGAUCGUUAUGAAAUCCAGUCAUUCAGCGAACCGCAGUAGCGCAACUGUAACUGUAAAAAUUAUUUUUUCUUCCCGCUAAAAACGGUUCCAUAGACAGAUUCUCGUUUUAUUACAUGAGUCGAUGUUUUUCCACAUAGUGGCGAAAAUAUCAAAUAGCGCGCUACUUUUUCUUAUACAUUUUCCAUAUGAUACAUAAUUUAAAAUUAGACUUGCAACAAAUUUUCUAAGUUUUGAAAAUAUCGGGUCAAACAUUGGUUUUGAAAAAAAAAACCAAUAUUCGAUAUUGUGAUUUUGCGAUUUUGUGUGAACGUGUUUUUGAAUAAAUUUCACGAUUGUACAAUAAGUAUCUGUGAAAAGUACGUACUUAGUGACACGGGACUACUUGUAAAUUUAUUUCAAAGCGAAUUUAAAUAUUUUUGAGUUGAUAAAUGUUGGUUUAUUAUUAUUUUUUUUAAUUCUGUUAAAAUUUCCUGUACAGGCGUGAUACAUCCUCUUGACAUACGUAUCUUUACACAAUAUUAACACACAAUAUUAUUUACCGUGACAACACUAAUUUUGUGUUUUAGUCGUUAAAACGAUUGAAUCUGGCCGGUAAUCGCUUGAUGCACAUCGAAGAUUCGAACUUUGCCAGUUUAAUCCAUCUAACCCAUCUAGAUUUGAGCCACAACGACGCUUUGGUUUUUGAAAAUAGAGGUCGUAUGUUUUUAGGCCUCGAACAGUCACUUCAAAACCUCAAGCUGAAAAAUAUUUCUUUGACGUCUGUGAGUUGUUGUCCUUUUUCGGAAAAUAUAUUUAAUUUUAAAAUAAUAUGUUUUAAUUUUUAGAUACCCGAACUGCCGCUACCGUCUCUCCUGAGUUUAGAUUUGUCCGUAAAUAAUAUAGUGACUGCAUCGUCCGACAGAGCUUCGAAUUUAUCGUUGCUACGACAUUUGGAUUUGAGUUAUAACCAAUUGAAUGCAUUUCCACCGAUAAUUAUGAACUUACCGGAACUGAAUAGCCUGAAUUUGGCCGGAAAUCAUAUUUAUGACCUUAGCAACAGUACUUUUACUAUGGGCGUUUCAAAAUUGAUUUCUCUUGAUUUGAGUUAUCUGCCAUUAGUAUCGUUCGAAGUUAGAUGAACAAAAUUAUUAUUUUUAGAAAAAAUAUAGUUUAUUAUCGUUGUUAUUAAUAUUUUGAUAAAUGUAUAUUGUUUUUCAGACCGGAGCUUUAAAUUCUAUGAAAUCCUUACAAACAUUGAUAAUUAGUACAUUCGUUGGUAUAAGAGACUUCAACAUUCCCUCUGUAAUUUCCGACCUACAUACUCUUAGAAAUUUAAACCUUAAAGUAAGUGCGCCUAUUUAUUUUUAAUCCUGUAAGAGGAUAUAUUAUACUACCUAUAAAAAAAAGUGUUUCGUAUAAACAAGUUUCCCAAAAUUUUUUGAAAAAUUAUUAACCUAAAAAUAAUCAAAUACAUAUAUUGAUACAAGCAUUCCUGUGUCAUUAUCGCUAGUAUUGAAAAUUGUAUACCUAAUUUUAUGAAAUAAACAAAAAAUCCGUUUCACUCGGGCAUUAACUAUUGAGGCUUUAGAUUUAAUUAGGAAAUCAAAUUUUCAUCAUAAAAAAGUAGAAUUUACACUGUGCGACGUGGGUUCUAGUUUUCAGAUAUUAAUAACUACUACGAAAUAAUAUAUAGUUAUCUGAGCUCGGAAAACUUAAAGCUAACGAGCUUUAGAAGAAUAACAACUUUAUUUUUUAAUUUGUGGUAUCGAAGAAAAUAAAUCAACGUUGCAAAUUGCAAGUUCUCCAUUUUUUGUAUGAUGAAUAUUUUAUCCAUAAUUAUUUGAUGUAUUAUAGUCUAAAUAGUCUUUGUCCAUACGAAAUAGUUUUACAAUCGAACUACGGGUGGUACCUCAGAUUUAUUUACAUACAAUAUUUAAUGAAAUGAAAAAAAAAUUGAAUUUCUUCUUAAGUAAAAAAAAAAAAUAAAUCUAUAAAUUGAUGUACGCCUUUAAAUAAAGGUAUCAUUUUGGAUGUUUUUGUUUCUUUUUAUUAUUUAAUUUACGUAUUUUUGCUUGUUGUGAAUUAAAGGUGGAUAAAAUAUCGCGAAUGGGAAAAGAAUUUAUCGGAUUUUUCCCGUAUAAAUUGAGGAAUUUCACGAUUAGUGGAAAAGCUUUGCACGCACUUACGUCAAAUACCGUAUUUCAGGUAUUAUAUUAUAAAGGAACACUGUUUUUAAAUAAUACUUAAAUUGUAUUCCGUAGUUCAUAUGUAGGCAGUAGAUAUCUAAUAUUUUAUUUGUUAAUAACUGGAUAAAAACUACUGUUUUAGGGUUUAAGAAAUCCGAAUUUGAAUUUGACCAUUUUCAACACAAGCCUAGACACGAUAUCAAACGAUAUUUUCUGGCAUAUGGGUAGAGUGAGAAAUGUCAGUCUUGACAUCCGAAACAAUUCGUUAAAGACUCUAGGAAAUCCGUCUACAAAUGCGCUACCGAAACAACACGGCAAGACGUUUUUGACUUCGUUAAAAGUGUCCGGAAAUCCGUGGACGUGCGAUUGUAGUAUCGGGUAAUUUAUCCCGUUAUAUUAUUAUAAUACAUAUUUUAAAUCGUUGAGAUUAUGGAACAGAUUUUUUGUUGAUGUAGAUAUCAUAUUUCAUACCUAUCCACAUCACACACGUGAUGUGCGAGAAUAAUUAGCUAUGUAUUUACAUUUUCAGCUUCAAAGACAAUUAAGACGCAUCGCUGGGCUUCAUUAUUUUCUAUUAUCUGUCAGUUGUUUCGCAUUAUUAACUUUUGUUCUUUGAACAUCUUGGUUUAGUUCAGUUUAGUCAUCCAUCCAUAUUUUUUUCUGUCUGCCCAGUGGUCUCGUUUUAUUUUUGAUUUCAAUGAUACUAGUAGAUUUAUAGAGUUUGACCUCCAUAUACGUGUUCUAGCCAGUAAAUUAUUCUUCCUAUGGAGUUUUUGAAUUAUGUCAUCUUCUCCAAUCAGCUCUUUUAUUUUGGCACUCUUUCUUAUUUCAUAUUCACCUGUUUGCUAAUUUUUUUCUGGUAUAAAUAUUUGCCGAACAAAUUUUCUUUUCAAAUUUUCUUUUGUCCUCUAUUAAGGUUGACCACGUUUUAAUUGUGUAAAAAAAUCAGUGGUCUAACAACAACUUUUUACAAUCUUAUUCCUUUUUUUUGUGAAAAUACAUCUUCGUACAACUAAUAAAAAGGGUCUAAUACGAAAAUCUGAUACCUGAAAUAAACUUUUUUUUGUUCAAUAUUUUUAAGUUUUUUCUUGUAAUAAUUUCUAGAGCUUGCCCUAAAAUAAAAAUGAAAAAUUUUAAUAAAAUUAAAAUUUUUUUUUUAAUAAAACCCUAGAUAUCUAUUUUAUAAAUAUGUUUUGAUACAAAAUAUUAAAUUUACAAAUAUUUGCUAAUCUUUAAGUUUCUACACUUUUUUGAAGCUUACAAAAAUCAUUAACAAUUAUUUUUUAUGGACUAAUUGGCGAAUUGAUUGAUAUUAUUUAGUAGUUAAAUUAUUGUUAACUUCAAACAAUUAUCGAAUCAUCAUUUGUAAAUAUGUUUGACAUCAAAGUUUUGUUUUAUAAUGUAUUUUGUAAAAAAUUUAAAUUUUUUAUUUUUAGUCUUAAAAAAAAUAUAAAAUAGAGAAGUUAUGGCGCAAUGAUCUAGUAAUUAUCAAGAAAAUAUAAAAAUAUUUUAAAUAACAAAAGUUAUUUCAAAUAUCAGAUCUUCGUUGACCAUAUUUGCAACCCACAGUCUCCUUGCUUACCAAAGUGACUUAAAGAACCGCAACUCCCUAAAUACGAAUCUAUGUCGUCGUUAUCAGAACGUUGGAUUGAAAAUAAUGAAAAAAAAAUAAAAUAAAAAAUUAAUUUGUAUUGGUAUUUUAUUUCAUUUUUUUUUCAUAUUUUCAGUUGGAUAGAGGUAUGGCACCGUAAAAAACGACAGUUUUUGUGCGACAACGAAGACUCGUCUUCGCCGGCUGCGUCCAGUAGGUUUAGAGACAGUGAUCACUAUUCGGACAUUAAAUCGACGUGCUUUAUCGGUGACGAAGACUUGGAGACCGCCACUUGCGCGGACCGAAAAAAACCGUUGGCCGAAGCAUUCAAAUUUGAUAUCGAAUGUGGAUGGGGAGCUGCCGGCAGAUGUCAAGCUCACCGUUUUAUAACCGUUGUCGUCGUUGCAGCAAUGGUGGCAUACCAUAGUAUAAUGCUGGUGUAA